AUGACUGGGCGUAUUAUCCGACGGAGCAAUGAUCUUGUCAUUGUUGCGUCCGAAUGGCCGGCCAGAAACGGUUGGGAGUCAUUUGAGAAACACGCCACAUGCUCCGUUAUCAUCGAGUACAAGGAUAUCGUAUCUAAGCCUGUGGUACCUAUAAAUGGUAACAGCGAGCACCGCAUGAAUAUGAAGUGCCUCAACACCGCAAUGAAUCCGUAUACUGCUUCACUCUUCUGCAUGCGCAAGUCUAUGGAAUUCCGUAUCAUCUACGACUACCGCGACAUAGUUCGACAGGGUGUGCUGAUGGAGGAUGUUUUCGACAGCAUUGCUGGUGAGUACUGCAUGGACCCGAUGUCUGUGUAUACCAAGUGUGAAUAA